AUGUUCUUACUUAACAAUCAAAGGAUAAGGUCAAAGAAAGUAUUAAAUUUUUGAUAGGAUUCAGCUAACACAAUUUACGACAAUCAAAAUUAACGAUAUCUAUAAGGAAUAAGUAUCACUAUAAUCAGUUUAUGAUUUUGCCAAACAUUCACACAAGAAUGGAAUUAGGGUUAUUCAAAUUAGUUCAAUUUUUCGAAUUUCUUCAGGAUGA